AUGUUUUCUCUUCAUGACACAGAAAUCUCAUCGAACACAACGCCAUUAGAUUCUGAGACAACACAAAUACCAACAACAGCAGAAAAAUUAAAAGAUCCCACGACAAUUGAACCAACAACAUCAACCUUACUGACGGAGAUUAUCACAGAAACAACAAGGCCAUCAUCAACAAUUCUAACGAUGACGUCAUCGACUACGUCAACUCAGACUGGACAGCCAUCUUCGAGCGAGACAACGACAGAGUCGUUCUGUUACUGUCCCUCUGAUAAGACGUGUAGCUACAGAAACUAUACAGACGAGGAGAUAAGUCAGAUGAUAGAGACGAUGAUCCAGGAGUUAAAAGUCAGCGUGAAGGACACAAACGCCUAUAGAAGACGACUGAUUUCCGCGCCUGAUGACCGACCGUCUGCUCAGCGCGUGGGCGGAGUGGGCGCUGUGGUCAUCUGCCUCGUCAUCCUUGGGAUAGUGCUUAUGGACGCACCCCGUGUCGUCAAUUUCUUUAAAUAUCACGAUAGAAAAACUGAGUACUUGAAAAAGACUUCCAAAAGAAAAAAGUCUAAAAAAAAAUAA